GCAGGAGGGGCUUUCCUUCCCUUCCCUGCCGGGGUGUCCGAGCCCCGGCUACGCCGGGGCAGGAGCUGCUGGAGGGAAGCCGGUUCCGCGUGGGGGGACCGGAGGAUCACACGGAGGGUGUGUGUUAUUGUGGUUUUCUCAUUUCCUCUUUGGUAAAUUGACCCCGAUGCCUGGCUCCGGGCACUGAUGUACAUGAGCAGUGUGUGUUUGCUGCCUGGGCUUCCCUGCGAUUUACUGGGCCAUGCAGGAUUUGAUUGCCAUGUUCCAUCAUCCAGGAUCUGCAUGUUUAUGACAAGAUCCUCGCUUAUUUGACCUAAAUUAAGUGAUGGAAUCAUACACUAAAGAAAAAAAAUCAUGCUUGGGUCUUUGGUGUUCAUGUUUGUGUGAAAGAAUCUAGGAUGUUUCAAGAAAAGGUGUCAGCAAAUUGCUUAAAUAUAGUACCAACAUCUACUGAAGAUGGUGCUUUCCAAAAGAAAGGCCAUAGUGCUCGAGUCCUUAGCGCAGAAGAAGCAGAAAAACUGGCAAAAGAUCAGGUUUUGGUGUCUGAGUUCAAACAGCUAAAACUGGAGAAAGAGGCACAGAAGAACUGGGAUCUGUUUUACAAAAGAAACAGCACCAACUUCUUCAAGGACAGACAUUGGACAACCAGGGAGUUUCAAGAGUUAAAGGCAUGUCGUGAGUUUGCAGAUCAAAAGCUGACCAUUCUGGAAGCAGGCUGCGGGGUUGGGAACUGCUUGUUUCCACUCUUAGAAGAAGAUAAGAAUAUUUUUGCAUAUGCCUGUGAUUUCUCUCCUAGAGCUGUUGAGUAUGUGAAGAAAAAUGCCUUGUAUAGUACUGAAAGAUGUAAAGUGUUCCAGUGUGAUCUUACCAAAGAUGAUCUUCUAGACAAUAUACCAGCAGAUUCUGUGGAUGUUGUCACACUUAUAUUUGUGCUUUCUGCCAUUCAUCCUGACAAAAUGCAUCUUGUCCUGAGGAACAUUUACAAGGUAUUAAAACCAGGCAAGUGUGUCCUGUUCCGAGACUACGGCCUGUAUGAUCAUGCAAUGCUCAGGUUUAAAUCAGGCAGCAAACUUGGGGAAAACUUUUAUGUCAGACAAGAUGGGACAAGGUCAUAUUUUUUUACUGAAGGUGAGCAGGAUGAGAUCUAUUGACUCCUAAAAGCAGAACCAUGACUGUGGCACUGAGAAGCUCAUGCACAAAUCCUGCUGGGAUAGCACUGACUACCUGUGGUCACUCUGUCUUCUAGGGUUCGUUUUUUAGUGAAGACAAUGCAAAAAACCAUUUCCAUGUGAUACACUAUUCAGUUUUUGUUCAGUGCUCAUAAUGGUUUAGGAGGAAGGGUAGUUACUGCAGUUUACUGGUGGAGAAUUUGAAGCACAGAGACAUGAAUAAGGAAUUUGCUUAGAAUCUCACAAUAAAUUGGGUUUACAGCUUGGCUAUAGCUUCUAACUCCCAAUUCCUCAUGCUAAACUCACUACUCUCCCCAUCACUUGUAAGCAUUGUGUAACAAGAGCUGUGAAUUUAUUUAUGUGGGGUACUUUGUUCUUAAGCCUAAAGCAAGAUACAGCUGCUGAAGAGACUGAUUUGGAGCCAAGUAAAUGUUAUUCAUAUUUUAUGCCAUAACAUAUUGACUAAUUGCUUCUGAUACAUAAAAACCAUUAAUCUUGUCUGAGCUCCCCCUAUUCUUCAUAGGACAAUGAUAAAAUCUAAGAUAAUGCAGUGCUACAAGUUCAUUGAAGCAUUUCUAGAACUGUUAUUUAUUGAGUGAUUUUUAGUUCUGUUUAAACAAUUAGCUCUUACAAAGAGAAUAGAUGCUAAAGGGAACAAACAAGAGACUGACCUAUCUGUGGAAUUUUAAAUCUCAUUUUUAUUGUGUUUCAGAAUAGUUUCUAAAUGAGAAGUUCCUUGUUAGUAUGCAUGUUUCCCUUGCAAGAAGAAUUGAGGUAGGGAUGAGGAAGAGGAAGGAAGGAGAAAAGAGAGAAUUUAUUUUAUAUGGCUUGUGUCAGCAAUUGUUUUUCCUUGGGCUGGUCUGUGACUGUCUCACACAUCACCUCUGUUCCCAUUUUUAAUCAUUAUGAUCUCAUUCAUUUCACAGAUUUUCAAAUAAACAUUGCUUAAUACUUGAGAAUUCUUUUGUUACUGGAAACAUGACUCCCAUCAUUUCCACAGAGGUUGCAACUCUUGCUAUUUUUAAUUUCUUUAGCACUACUUUGGUACACCAAGUUAUUGCUGCAUAGGGUGAUUUGAAUGAUACUUGUUUAUAAUAUGGCAGAUGGCAACACCAAACUUCUUCCAUGGGGAAAAAAAAAUCCAUUCUUCUACUGUUUGAAAUAAUAUUAAAUUUGUGGAGGAAUGCAUGGUUGUAGUUUUGUAUUAUGAAAUAUGUGCAACUUCCUUACAAUAAGAAUUCAAUAGGUUCACGAUGGAAUGCUGUUUAUUUAUAUUUCAUUGGUGUGGGUGCCCAUUUUACGUGAACCCACAAUGUUUACAGCCAUGGUGGGCCUGGGUUGAUAUAAUCCUGCAGUGCCACCACAGUGGGUGGUCUCAUCUUCCUCAACACACCAUCUCUGGUGGUGCUUCCUGCACCCACAUGAUCACUGUUUCAUGGAGCUAAUCCCCCUGAGCAGUGAAAAAUUGAAUGUCUUUGUUUUCUGUCAAGUAACACAAGUUUAGAACAACUUAAAUUUACUGUGGAAUUCCUGCCUGAGUAAGUGAACUGAGGUGCAUGAAAGGAAAGAUUAUGAUUUUUAAUUAACAUGACAAGUGAAUAGCAUGAGCAGACCUUCCUGCUGCACAGGUCACUCUGUUUGUGAGGUGCUUCUGCCUUCCUUAAGGGAAAUAGGCUCUGAGUGAAAUUUUUUUGUUUAUGGAAAAUACUUUCAGUUCAACUUAGUGGAGUCUUGGUACCACCAUAUCCUCUUGGCCCUUUCGUCAGCUUUUCUAUUGAGCAAUUGCAUGUAAUAUAGGAUGUUAUUCUUCCCUGAGCAGAGGUGCAUCUGCACAGCUGGAAUACCUUUGAAAUAUUUGUGGUAAGUGAUGUAUUCAGCUAGUGAAGGUCAGCUGCACAGAGGGAAAAUGCACUGGUGUCAGCCACAAUGAGAAUGACAAGACUUAAUAAAAAUAAGAGAUGUGGCAAUUUUUGGAAAUUCAACUGAGUAGCUAGCUUAAGCCCUAGUUUUACAAGCUGUUUUGCUUAGGUUGAUGUUUCCAAAGGAGAUCUUUAUUGAUUUUUAUUCAGCAGUCUGCCCACAUAGAACAGCUUGAAAUCUGAAGGCCUGUGUGAUUUUCAUGCAGUAACACACAAGAACAUAUGCUUAUAUAAAUGCUGUCUGGUGUUUUAAAAAUAGCUUAAACAUAAUAUUUCAUCUUCUUUUUUUUUUU